UUAUUGAGUGAUUCAAUGUAUGUCUCAUUUGAGUUGAAUUACAAUUUGAAUGAAAUUGUAAUGAAAAGUGAUUUUGAAUGUUGAGUGCAAUGAUUAGUGUUAAUACAAUUGUAAUAAUAAUAGAAACUAUACAUAGAUUUAGUAUUAUUUAAAAUACAAAAGUGUUGUUUAAAUGUUAUAAACAUUUUUUGAGUGACACAUGAAAUGAUUGAACACUUGUUGUCAUUGAAUUUAAUUGGUUUUAAUUAGUGAUUAAAAGUGAAUGAAUUGAGGAAACAAUUGCAACGAUUGUCUGACACUGACCUCCAAUGUCUACUCCGAUGUCUUAUUUGGAUCGUAUGGUUAGUCUGUUCCGCAAAAAUAUUUCCGAUUAUCCGCCCUUUCAAGUGGUGGAAGUGAAACCCGAAGAUUAUGUCCACUACAAUGUGGUCGCCAGAGAAGAUCCCGUUGUCUUGUAUUCAAAUAUCUCAGCAAAUCAUGAGAUGAACUAUGAAAUUGUUGUCCUUAAAGAUCUUCAAAGUAAAACUGCUUUCAGUUUGAUUAGAAGUAAGACAUCGACGGAUAUCGAUAUAUAUUACAAGAGUUUGAGUCAAAAGAUUCCGCAAAUAUUUCUGAUUUGUCCAAACAAUAUAACGACAGAACUUCUUCAAGAGAUAUCAAACUAUGUUAAGGAACACCUAAACCAAAGUUUGGCUCAUAUUUGCGCUUAUUUUCUUCAAUUAAACGAAUACUUCCGUCAAUUGACUCCAAAUGAUAGCGAAGUAAUCAACUGUCGCUGUCCUGACACAGGUCUGACACCACUUCAUAUUGCUGUCCGAAUGGCGAGAUUGCCAACAGUUCAGCUAUUGUUAGCUCUUUCACCAAAACUAGAUAUUGUCGACAAAGAAAACAAUAAUGUCUUACAUUUUGCUGCGAAUACUACUAAAGAAAUAAUUAGUAAGAUUUGUUUGAGUGCUCAAAGCAGUACAAGUGGUGUUAAUUUGUUGACAUUGAUUAACGCCCGAAACAAAGACAACUUUUCUCCAUUAUAUCUCGCCUGUCAUAAUGACAAACCCGACUGUAUUAAAGAACUUCUUAAAAAUGGCGCCAAUCUUAACGCCGCAUCAAUUGUGAAUGAGUCUCAUCAAGAAGUGCGUGAAGUGGAUGACAAAACAGUUUUCGAUCAAUUGGACACUAAAGAUAUGAAAAAUGGCGGAACACCUUUGCAUUGGACUAAUACUCCUCAGUGUAUGGAAGUGUUGAUAGAAAUGGGUUGUAAUAUAGACGCUCGUAAUUUUCAGGGCGAGACUGUUCUUCAUUUAAUGGUUAUGAGGAAUAAACUUUCGUGUGUUAUAACAUUACUUAGUUAUGGUGGCGAUGCCUCUGCAAAAGGAUCCAAUGGAAAUACACCAUUGCAUUUGGCUGUUAAAUCAGGACAGGUAUCAAUGGUUCAGGCACUAGUAGUGUUUGGCGCCGAUAUUAAUGUCCAAAAUUCAAGUGGCGAAACAGCAAGACAUAUGGCAGCAUCAGCUAAAAGAACAUCACAAAUGGAUCUGAUUUUAUAUGUAUUACAUUCUGUUGGCGCUAAGAGAUGUUUAUCCAAUCGAUCCAAUUGUACUGAUGGUUGUUCGCAAUCCAAUGGAAGUCAUUUCAAUGGCAUUCCUCCAGAAAGCUCUCCAUUUAAAAGAAGUGUUAAACUAUAUGACGAACUCUUAGGCGAACUCAUUGUUAAAGAAGCCCUGAAUAGAAAAAAAGCUCAACAAAUGUCUGUUGAUUUUGAUAGCGAACCUCCAAAACGGUGUCGUGUGUUAUGUUUAGACGGCGGAGGUAUUAGAGGUUUAAUUUUAAUACAAAUGCUAUGGGUUUUGGAGAAAUUAAUGGAUAAGAAAAUGAGUGAAUGUUUUGAUUGGAUGUCUGGUACGAGCACUGGCGGUAUUUUAGCCCUUUUAUUAGCAUUGGGUCACUCGGCUCAUGAAUGUCGUCAACUAUACUUUCGUUUAAAAGAUAAAGUGUUUGUGGGUUUACUCCGUCCAUACGAAUCGGAACCUUUAGAAAAGUUUUUGCAGAAAACCUUAGGAGAGGACACUCGUAUGAGUGAUAUUAAAAAACCCAAAAUUAUGAUAACGGCUACCGUUGCCGACCGAUUUCCACCCGAUAUACAAUUAUUUCGCAAUUAUGAGUCACCAAAUGAAAUAUUAGGAUUUGUCAAUCAUAUUGAGCCCAUUCCUGAUAUGCCUAAACCUCACGAUCAACUCGUCUGGAAGACAGCUCGCUCUUCAGGAGCCGCUCCAACUUAUUUCCGUCCGUGCGAUGCAUUCCUCGAUGGAGGACUUAUAUCUAAUAAUCCUACUUUAGAUACAUUAUCCGAAAUUUGUUCGUUGAAUAAAGCUUUUAGUGUAAUGAAUAGAAAAUCUAGUGAAUUGAAUGUAGAUUUGGUGGUCUCAUUAGGAACGGGAGCCAUACCUAUCAAGCAAAUGCCUAUUAUAGAUAUUUGUAGACCCGAUACUUUUAUGGGUGUUGCAAAGACUGUAUUUUCAGCCAAUUCAUUGGUACAACUAUUAAUUGAACAGGCGUGUCAGGCCGAUGGACAAGUGGUUGAACGGGCAAAGGCCUGGUGCUCACAGAUUAAUGUUCCGUACUUUCGAUUGAAUCCUCCGCUCUCUGAAGACAUACCACUCAAUGAAAUCGAUAACACAAAGUUAGUAAAUAUGUUAUGGGAAACAACGGCUUACAUGUAUAGCCGUACAAAUGAAAUUCAAGAAUUGAUAUUAUUAUUAUUUUAAGAUACAAUUUGAUCUAUAAUUUAUUUAUAAUUAUAUUUAUAUG